CGGCGGCGGCCGGGGAGGCCGGGGAGGCCCGGGAGGCCGCGGCGCGGUCAGUCGAGCCGAGCCGAGCCGCGCCGAUCACCAUCGGCUCCGGCUCUCGCGGGCGGUCCCGGCCGGCGGCGCGGCCUGGAGGGCCGGGCGGCGCUGCAGCCCAUGGAGCUCGAGAACAUCGUAGCGAACACGGUGCUACUCAAGGCCCGGGAAGGUGGUGGCGGGAAUCGCAAAGGCAAAAGCAAGAAAUGGCGCCAGAUGCUGCAGUUCCCCCAUAUCAGCCAGUGUGAAGAGCUUCGCCUCAGCCUUGAGCGUGACUACCACAGCCUGUGCGAGCGUCAGCCCAUCGGGCGCCUGUUAUUCCGUGAGUUCUGCACCACGAGGCCUGAGCUGACCCGCUGUACUGCCUUCCUAGAUGGGGUGGCUGAAUAUGAAGUGACCCCUGAUGAGAAGCGGAAGGCAUGUGGGCGGCGACUAAUGCAGAAUUUUCUGAGCCCAACGACAUCUGGCAGUGCCGCCUUGGGAGUAGGCAUCUGUCCAAGAGAGCCCUCUGCAUUGACCCGUCUGUGGCCUGUCCUUAGGGUCCUGACCUCAUCCCUGAAGUUCCCCGGCAGCUGGCUGACCCAUGAGUACCUGAGCAUGGCCCCGUUUGCUGACUACCUCGACAGCAUCUACUUCAACCGUUUCCUGCAGUGGAAGUGGCUGGAAAGGCAGCCAGUGACCAAAAACACCUUUAGGCAGUACCGAGUCUUGGGCAAAGGUGGCUUUGGGGAGGUGUGUGCCUGCCAGGUGCGGGCAACAGGCAAGAUGUAUGCAUGCAAGAAACUGGAAAAGAAACGAAUCAAGAAGCGGAAAGGGGAGGCCAUGGCGCUCAAUGAGAAGCAGAUCCUGGAAAAAGUGAACAGUAGGUUUGUAGUGAGCUUAGCCUACGCCUAUGAGACAAAGGAUGCACUGUGCCUGGUGCUGACAUUGAUGAAUGGAGGUGACCUCAAGUUCCACAUCUACCACAUGGGCCAGGCUGGCUUUCCUGAAGCACGUGCUGUCUUCUACGCCGCCGAGAUCUGCUGCGGCCUGGAGGACCUGCACCGGGAGCGCAUCGUCUACAGGGACCUAAAACCAGAGAAUAUCCUGCUGGAUGACCAUGGCCACAUCCGAAUCUCUGACCUUGGACUAGCCGUGCAUGUGCCUGAGGGCCAGACCAUCAAAGGCCGUGUGGGCACCGUGGGCUACAUGGCUCCGGAGGUGGUGAAGAAUGAGAGGUACACGUUCAGCCCUGACUGGUGGGCGCUAGGCUGCCUCCUGUAUGAGAUGAUUGCAGGCCAGUCACCCUUCCAGCAGAGGAAGAAGAAGAUCAAGCGGGAGGAAGUAGAGAGACUGGUCAAGGAGGUGCCGGAGGAAUACUCAGAGCACUUUUCCCCUCAGGCACGCUCACUCUGUUCUCAGCUUCUCAGCAAGGACCCCGCUGAGCGCCUGGGGUGUCGUGGAGGUGGUGCCCGUGAGGUCAAGGAGCAUCCCCUUUUCAAGAAACUGAAUUUCAAGAGGCUGGGAGCUGGAAUGCUGGAACCGCCUUUUAAGCCUGAUCCCCAGGCUAUUUACUGCAAGGACGUUCUGGACAUUGAACAGUUCUCUACAGUAAAGGGCGUGGAUCUGGAGCCCACGGACCAAGACUUCUACCACAAGUUCGCCACGGGUAGUGUGUCCAUCCCCUGGCAGAAUGAGAUGGUGGAGACUGAAUGCUUCCAGGAACUAAAUGUCUUUGGACUGGAUGGGUCAGUUCCCCCAGACCUGGACUGGAAGGGCCAGCCACCCGCACCCCCGAAGAAGGGAUUGCUGCAGAGGCUCUUCAGUCGCCAAGAUUGCUGUGGAAACUGCAGCGACAGUGAGGAAGAGCUCCCCACCCGCCUCUAGCCCCCAGGCCGAGGCCCCCACCGAUGGCUGGCGGUAGCAGCUACUCUCAGUGACGUUGACAGUUUUACACAGUGGUGUCCCCCUUGUCCACUCAAGUCGUGGCCUGGGGACACAGCCGGAACUGUCCUCAGUGUCCUCCGUCCCUCAGCCCUGGCCCAGCUGAGUUUGACAAGGCCUGGGCCAUCUUGGGACAAAGGUGCGUCCCUUCAGCUCUUCUCUGCGGAGCUCGGGGCUUUAUGUAUUUAUGUAUUUGUACGAAUGUAUAUAGCUACCAGAGCGUUCUUAAUUCCACCCUGGACCUGGCACUCCAGGGCAACCAGCCCUGACUGGGAGAGCCAGGAGCUGGCAGAGGAGCCAAUGCCAAACUCUAGGCUUCUUGGGCCCAGUCCAGAUGCACAGAGUAUGGGCCAGGUCAGUCUCUGACCCCAGCAUUGCACUGGUCACCACCAACCUCCAAGUGAGACUUGUGCCUGCCUGUUGUGGACUUGGGCCACCACCUUCUGGUUGCCCAAUGCUGUCACUUUCUCUCAGCAUUUGUUAGAGCUGGAAAUGGGGGCUUUGUGUCCUCUAGGCCUGGGCCGUAGUGUAACCAUAGACUGAACUGACUGGGACCCAUCAGACCACAAGAUAGGUCACCUGCCUUCCAGCUCUCAGAGCACAUUAUCCCUUGUUCUAGGUCAUGUCCUGAAGAUACAUUUUUCAGAAGUGCCCCAGCCCAGGCCAUAGGAGGGGUUAGAUUUACCCCUCCAACAUUCCAGAAUCCCUCAUAAACGUAGACAUGUGCCCAGCAAUAAUCUACCCUUCCCUGUGUGUGCUGUUUGGGGUUGGGGGGGGUGAGUGUAUAUCAGUGUGUGAAGAGGGUAGGGUAAGGCUGUGCCUAAGCCCAGACCCUAGCCCUGGCCUGUGUCAGACUGAUGGCCGUCCUAAUGCUUAUGUUAGGACAACAUGGGACCAUAAGGCCCUGGCUUUUCCGUAUUUAAAGCCAAUGUGAGCUGCCACAUGUCUCUGUGUGACCAAUGUGAGCUGCCAUGUCUCUGUGCAAAUACAGUCUGAGCACAAGCCUGGCCAGCCACCCCUGCCUGCCUCUUUUUUUAAAAUAUUUCUGGUGUUUCAAGGAUUCUUCCUGUUCUUGACACAGUCAGAAGGGUUUGGAGAUGGACCUGGAGUGAGACUAGGGUCUGCCCUUAAAAAGCCCAAGAAUCCUCAGGACUUCACAGGCAACCAGACCUUGGUGUGGGGGCUCAAUCUCGGUUUUUCCACUCCUAGGUGGGACACAGCCUUGGAUACCAGCUAGGGUGUAUGUCCGACUUCUACAGAGGUAGAUGUGUUUGACUGGUCUGUAAACUUUCUGAGGCCAAAGUGGCCUUGUAAACUUGACAGUGGCCUGGAGAGGCAGGUGGGAGCUGUUGAUAGAAACACCAGCCCUGAGUCAGCGUUAACCUGGCCUUCUGCUGUGUGUCCACCCUGAUCUGGCACACAUGCAUGAGAUCCAGCUCUCUGUUUUCUCCUGUGGGUGGCCAAAGAGAUGAUCUGAGUGACUUGGUUUGAGGAAGAACGAGUGUGGCGGGGGUAGCAGGGACCAGCCGCCUGAGUUUCAGAGAAGAGUUUUCUGAAGUUAGUGACUACCGGGUCCUGAAGUAGUCACCAAAGACAGAAAUUAGCAAGAUCAUUGGGGGGGGGGGGGAGAGACUACCGGUGCAAAUUUGGGGGAGGCAGUAAGCUGUUUAAAUAACAAACUUCUCUCAGGCUUUGCAAACUCCUCCCAGGGUCUUUAGUUUCCCAAAGAGUCCCUGGAACCACCCUGCCUGUGAGCUGGGCACCAAAUGCUGUGACCAUGACAGCCAUGAGUGUGUGUCAUAGUCUGCAGCUUUGGGAGCUGACUGCAUAGGAUGUCAGCUGAGAGACUAUGAAACAACCAGGGAGUCCUCCAGUUCUCCUGGAUGGCCUGGAAUUCACUGUGUAGGUAGGCUAGACUGGCCUCAGACCUCUGACUCUCUGGCCUUCCUGUGUAGUGUUGGGAUUGUAUGUGUGUGCCAUCACGCCAGUAGUUGCCAACAGGUGUCCUCAGAAGGAGCCUCCUAGUGUAUAGAAUGUCUGCUGAUGUUCCCAUCCACGCGAAGGAAAUAAGGGUGUGCAAGGGUGAGCGGGUACCAGGUAGUGCCAUGAAAUACUCGGCCUGCUUCUCAGUCCAGAUCCUUUAACCUCCUUUGAUCUAGGAGGCAUCUAGGGAACACCUUGUCUAAGGUUAGGUUCACAUUAAAUUCUUCAUGAAGUUUCCCAACAAGACUCAAACUCCACUCCUCCCUGCCCAGCCCUGUAGUGAGAACUAGGGACCCAGAUGGAGAUGAGGUCCCUGCCAGCGUGAAACUAAUUUGGUAGGCAAGGAGAUGUGGAAACAGUCGUAUUCGAUGUGAUCAGUGUUGUGGCAAAGGAUUCUAGAGGGCUGAGUCUUGGGGAUAACAUUAAACAGUGGUCCCUAGGCCCCAAAAGAGUUGAUACUCUCCAGGACAAGGCCAGCUGUGCCCAUCAAAAGGAUGAUGAACAUGGGUUGGCAAAGGAUUGGCUGCAGUUGGAGUUGGUAAGAUGUCUUUAAAGCUGUACUCUGUGUGGACUCGACUGGAGAUCGGGAGGGUCCCUGAAGGGUUUUGACUGCCUGUAUAUUAAAGGCCUGUCCCACAAUGUAGAAAAGCACCCUAAUAUAACUUUGGCAAACCA